GGCGUCUCUGCUCCUGGCCCAUCUGGGGUGGAUGUUUCUGGGCAGGAGUGUACGUGCCUCUGUGGUUCCCAGGCCAGGCCCUCCCAGACCCCUGCCUGGUCCAUAUAACCCCCAGGGCUAAGGCAGAGGCUCCGUGCCUGUCCGUGGAGGGCUCUGACGAUGCAGCUCUUCAUGCUGAUCCUGCUUCCCGUGGCCUCUCUCCUGCCCCCUGGGACUCAGGCUGGUGAGAUCAUCGGGGGACAGGAAGCCCAGCCCCAUUCCAGGCCCUACAUGGCCUAUCUGGAUAUACAGCGCGGAAACAAUAGCUUGUUAUGUGGAGGGUUCCUGGUGUCGGAGAACUUCGUGCUGACGGCCGCUCACUGCAAGGGAGACAAGAUCACUGUCAAGCUGGGAGCCCAUAACAUUAGAGAACACGAAGAGAGCCAACAAGUGAUCCUUGUGGGUCACCAAUACCUGCACCUGGAUUAUGGCAAGGAGCCCCACAAUAAUGAUAUCAUGUUGCUGAAGCUGGCAAAGAGAGCGAAGCUGAAUAGAUGGGUGAAAACCAUCAACCUGCCCCACACCAAGAAGAAAGUAAAGCCAGGGAGGAAAUGCAGCGUCGCCGGUUGGGGCAGGACUGUAGCACAGAAUAAUUUAACCCUGGCCACCACACUCCAGGAGGUGGAUGUGGAGGUGCUGAAGGAUGACAAGUGUAUGUAUCGUCACUAUAACGCCUCCACAAUGAUGUGUGUGGGGGACCCAGAGAAGGGCAAAGACUCUGCAAUGGGCGACUCCGGGGGCCCCCUGGUGUGUGGGAAAACAGCCCAGGGCAUCGUCUCCUGGGGGACCUACAUACCUCCUGGGGUGUACACAAGACUCUCCACCUUCAUCCCCUGGAUACGGGCAACAAUGAGGAGGCUGCAGCCCUGAGCCGCGCCAGAAAUCGCUGCACAGGCCGGAGCUGCGCCGCUUCUGUCCUUUGGAGAGGCCCAGAUGUAGGGGCUGCUUCGCAGAGGGGCUGAGCGCACCCAGGCUGAGCCCCCACCCCAACCCCAGCCAUCGCGCAAUUCAGGCUGCGCCCAACCCAUGAGCAUCAAGGCAGGGAGUCCAGGGGAGUUAGGAGUCAGGUUCAAGGCCAGCGUCCGUCGGCUCCCUUGGAAAUCCUGCCUCCUUGCUAGGGAAACAGCUGCUUUAUUUCCCCCGGGGUGACGGACAUGAGCCAAAUCUUGGGGAAGACCC